UAGUAGUCUCCAUUUCUGUGCCUUGAAAUCAACAUGUUCUGCUAAAAUGAUUCAUAUUAAAACAUUUCAUAGUAUUCAUUUCAAGAUUGUGUAACCUGCUUGUAUCUCUUUUAUUCACAUUAUUACUGAUACUUGUUUAUCAAUGCUUGGCUUUGCUGUUAUGUAUUGUGUGUUUUAUGUAAUAGGCUUUGUAAAUGAUCAAUUUGGUUGUCAUGGCCUUAACAUGGACACAUCCAUUUUUACAUUGACCAAAUUAAAUCAUGAAUUGAUACAUUUUUGAAAAUGUGUUGUGAAUACUAUUAAGUGUGAUGGGGGUAUGCAUGCACCAAAGACCACGGAAAGCAGGAAGUAAAGUACACCAGUGCAGUUUCUAGAGCAGAAAGUGAUAGCUGUUCUACACAAGUGGACACAGAAGCUGGUUUUUGAGUAUUUCCACCAUGAGACUUAAAUACUACCCGACCAUCCUUCAUGUGUCCGUCCUAGCGGCGCUCCUCCUCACUUUGGAUGCUGAUAGUAAGGAUUAUACUUGUGAAUUAGAAAUUAGAGUACACCAUGGCACGGUUUAUGAAGCUGUCCCUGGGGAAGACUUUCGGAUUGGCUGCCCGGUUACUUUCUGUGACAAUUCCCCACCGACAGUCUCCUGGUAUAAAUAUGAGACAACUAAACAGUUCUUUGUCCCUGUCGAUGUCAGCAAUAGCAGUCACAUUAAAACGGAGUGGACUCUUUCAAAGCCUUUAGAAGGGAUAUUGUAUUUGAUCUUCCAAAAAAUACUCAGAAUCGACUCGGGUGAGUAUCACUGUCGAGCUGGAGGCAGUCUGAGUCAUAACAUCAACAUCUCUGUCUAUGGUGAGGUCCCGCUCACCACUGUUACAUGCACGACUUUGGAACCAGAGAGCACAGAAGAGACUUCCUGGCCAAGUGUGUACUGUGUUGUUGGAAUCAUGGGGUUUGUUGUCAUCGUGCUAACUGCAUGGGUUGCUUCAAAAUGUGUGUGUAAAGGAGAAUCCAGGGACACACCAGAUCUGAGCCGCCAGCCUUCCCAUGAUGCAUUGACUACCAUCACUAUCUAUGAAAAUGUUAAGUAGUAUCAAGUGGCCUUGAUAUCAAUCUGCUAAGUUGAACAAACAAAACAUGUCAUAGUAUUCGGUUUAAGAUUUGGUAACCUGCAUUGUAUUUGAUUUCUUCAAUUCUUUAUCGAUUUGUGUUCCUCACUGCUCGGCUUUGUUGUUACUUUUUUGUAUUUUCACAUAAAAUGCUUUGUGAAUUUUGGUUUUCAUUGCCUUCAAAUAAAACACAUGUUCUUUUAGGGUACAUUCCCACAUUGUGAUGUGUUUAGGUUGAAAAUUGAUGUUGUGCUCCUGUAUUUCUGUAAAUCAAGCUGUCAUCACACAGAAGUGAAAUUUCUCACAUGAGAAACCGCUAUUGUUAAGAUGUACCAAUGUGUGUGUGCAGUAUGGAACACAUUCAAGGGUAAAUAGUUUUGUUUCCUGUACAGGCAACACUCUUGUGUUCACACGUCCUGUGCAGAUACAUUUCUUCAAUGUGAUUGUGUACUUGUGUGUGUGUGUGUCGGUGUGUGUGUGUGUGUGUCGGUGUGUGUUUGUGUACCUCUGUUUUUAUGCUUUCUUUUGCUCAAUCAAAGUAGUUUAACUUCUUUGGUACACUACCUGUUGUGCUUUUGUGAGCCGACAGACUCUGAACUGGCAAACAGGAGGCAAAAUUACACACCAAGUCA